AUGGCGGUGCAGGGGAGCGUUGCAGCCAAAGGCUUUGCUGCCACCGCAGUGUCCCUUCCCAAGACCCAGCGCGAGCUCUGCAUUCCCGGAUCCGCCGCGGAGCUGGCGCGGCCGCGGCGGGAGACGCUGCCAAACCUGGCACCACCAGCUACCUGGUCCGGGGGCGGCUCGCCAACUGGCGAGGCACACAACAUGCAGGAAGAGCUUCGUCUCCGCCAGUCGUGGGGUCCGGGCUCCAUCAUCGAGGUCUACAGCUCCUCUUUGGGAGGCUGGUCUGUCGGCGUCGUUACGAAGGUGACACAGCAGGACCAGAUGGUGGUGCAGUUCAGCAAUGAGGCCCUCCAGCCGCUCAUGAAAGUCCUCCCCCGGAGCGACGUGCAGCUCGCUACGCUGGGCUGUAACACGAAGUCGCUGCCUCCACAAAUCCAAGUCGUGCCUUCGCAAUCGCGGCCUGGCCAGGUCGCCUACCUGGAUGCUGCGCACCAAUGCCGCUACUCCACUCCGGAAGCUGCAUGGCGACAGCACUUUCAAGACCUGUUGGCGAAGUGGCAGAAAGCAGGGGAGCGGCUCUGGAACGGCUGA